UUGUAGGGAAGUCGGCCAAGUCCAUUUUAAUGUCAGAAAUAUAAACAAUUGAAAACUUUCGAAGUGAAAUUCUGACAAUAUUGUCUCUCAGCCAUGAUCAGUCAUUUGUAGAGCAGUAUUAUUGAAAUCUGUAAAAAAUAAAAAUGGUUGCCACUUGAAUAAUAAAGACAAGGGAAAUAAUUUAAAAAGAAAGACUUUUGUCAACUUAUAUACAGUUGAUGAUGAAGUGUAAACAAAAAAUGCUCAUUUUUUCAAUCUUUAUUUUUCACACAAUCACUACAGAGUUGCAGACAUUUUCCAUCAUCAUUGACAUGCAGAAUAUCUCCAGAUAUUCAACAAUAACUUCUCCAACAGUUUUUGACAAUGGGUGACUCCAGUUCCGACAGACCCCCACCCUGGGCUUCAAACAAUUUUGGGGCUCCCCAGGGUGAGGAUGAGCCAAGCAGCAGCUCCAUACCCUCCUCGUCAGGAGGGGGAGGGGCUGACCACCAGGUCCCAGACUUCGCUGACAUGUCACCAGCAUCAUUUGUCCAGGCAGCGUAUAGGGCUGAACAACGCUAUCAGUCUGAUAGUGAUGGCUUGCCUGGCCGAUAUGCUGCUGAUAGUUACAGUGUACAGUCUGUCCCACAUGUUUCCAUGUCAGCCUCCAACCAUGUAUACCAGGUGGCUGAAUCUUCCUACGAGGCCCCGCAAGACCCCUACCAGGAUAUGGGCUCCAGCAAUGAGGCCCAGAUUCUGCAGGAAAACUACUUGGACAACCCGCCAGUGGCAAGCAGUUCUCCGGUACAGUCUGCUCAUAUGCGUUACCAGAUGCAUCAGCUAGUGGUCAAUGCCCAGAGCCAGCUGGGUACCGAGUCUAGAGUUCUCUCCCCUGAUGUAGACAGCACUGUUGGCCAAUCAGGAGCCAGCAUUCUACACAGGCAGCCAAUCACAUCGCGAGGAAUCAGACUGCAACAAUUAGGUAUGCAUGGCGUGGCUAUGUCGUUUUCGCAAGGUGAGGUGUCGGCCUCAGAUGACCCUCCGAUCUCAAGUAGAGGUCAUCUCCAUGGCGACAGAGAGCUAGGUCAAGGUCACCAUGAUGACAUGGGUCAUGUUCAUCAUGGAGAAGUUGGGCAAGGUCAUGGUGAAGUGGAAAUAGCUCACUCCUAUCAAAGAGGUGCAUCACUGGUGAUGGAAGAUAUGGAAGGGGCCGUUAGUUCCCUGUCUGGAUCUGGUCCCAACGAGGCAGAGGUCACGGUCAGACAAAUAAACAAGGCCGCAAGACAGGCAUCAAUGGACAUAGAAUGUGGGGAACCGGACACCACACAGACAGACGAGGAGUUUAUUGGGAACCAGUAUAGUAGUGAAGGGGAGGAAGACCUUUCCCAGGUUAUACCAAGCCAGCCCCAGCAUAGCAACAUGGGAUAUGUCUUAGAGCCACACCAAAAUAUUCUGACAUACAGGCUGGCAAUGCAGUCAUCGGAUGCAAUACCAGUGUCAGCCAAUCAGAUUUCAGCUUCAAAUCUCCCUGACAACUACCCAUCCAGGAGUUCCGCCCUUCCUGUCAGUUUUGUCUCCAGCUCAUCAACAGCAAUCUAUCCAACCAGCAUUCAGGCUGGGAGCCAUCAGCAGAUAUCAACCAAUCAAAUGAAUUUGCCAGUCUUAUCAUCCAAUCAUACUCCAGUUAUGUCCUCCAAUUAUAUGCCAGUUUUGACAGCAGAACAGAAUUCAUCCUUCUCAACAAGUCAUGUUCAAGAAAACAAUCAGGUGGUUUCAGCUAUGGGUGUUAAUGUUAGCCAAGAAAUGUUUACAAUGGAGAGUAAACCUAGAAUAGAGACUUCAGGCCUUCCGAUAAUGGCUGGCUAUGAUGAGGGCGGUCUGGACUCCACCAGUCAAGGAGAGCCCCAGCCCAGCACAUCCAAACCAACCACAGGGGUAAACAGAAGGAAAUCUACCCGCAUCGCAGAGCAGGAUGACACUGGCAUCUUCCAAGCAAAGCCGGAGUAUAAACCUAGGCCCUAUGAUCCGAACAAACUGUGGUGUGAUGAAUGCAUGCAGAGUUACGAUGUGGAGUGCUCAGCCCACACACUGAUCCCCCUGCCAGACAAAAUAGUAUUCUCCCGUGCUUGGGCCAGUCUACCUUCCCAACUGCAGAUAUUCAGAAUGGAACAAACCAAUGGAGGGGAGACAGAGCUGGGUGUGUUUACAAAGAAGCGUAUCAACAAGCAGACUCAGUUUGGACCAUUUGUGGCGGAGCUGGUGGGGUCUAGAGAUCACCUGACCAGACAUACAUUCCCUCUCAUGGUUGAACAGCCCUCUGGUGAGGUAGCAUACUAUGAGGCAUGCGAUGAAAACAAGUGUAACUGGAUGAUGUUUGUACGGCCUGCUGCUAGCUUCGCGGAACAGAACCUUGUUGCUUAUCAGCACGGCCAGGAUAUCUUCUUCACAACGUCUAAGGAUGUGGACUCCAGGGAGGAAUUAAAGGUGUGGUAUGCAGCCCAUUAUGCUGACAGAUGGAACCAGCCGUACUAUACAGCCACGGAGCAGGACAUUGAAGCAAUGGAAGAAAAAGCUUGCAAAUACCAGUGUUAUGAUUGUACUAAAAGAUUUAAAACAAUGGCAGCCCUGCAGCGUCACAUGAUUAUCCAUGAGUCCAGUAAGAACACAGACACUACAAACAGUGGCACUGAGCCGUCAUCUAGCGGCGUGGAACUCUCCCCUGUACCGAAAAAGAGGCGAUCCCUCGUACCUCCCCAUAUAAGGAAAAAAAUGAUUGAGGCAAAGAAAGCUAAGCAAGAGGCGAGCACUGCGGUGGCCAAUGAUCCAGCCAGCCUUCUGUACUCCAGUCCUUCAUCUGGGAUCUUUCACUGGAAGAAACGAUCCACCAACAUUUAUCUUAACAAAAUGCUUAAGAAAUACCACAAGCGUCAUGAGAAUGAAGUUUUCCGGAAAAACAUCCAAUCCCAGAUCCAGUCAGGCACAUACCAGCCGCCGGCCUCAGAGCACACGUGUACUGAGUGUAACUUGACAUUCGACAAUCCCAGCCUGUACAAUCUACACAUACUCUCCCAUAAUGUGGAUGGCGACGUGGAGAAGAAGUUUUCUCCUAUACCGGAGCAAGUUAAUAUGAUGAUGAGUCCUGGAUCAAACCUUGGUACCAGCACGCAACCAUCGCAGAAUGACUCGGGAGUGUCACUACAGACGUCCUUUAACUGCCCGGUCUGUCCGUAUCAAUUCUACCGACAACAGGAUUUAGUCGAUCAUGUUAAAUGUCACGCUAAGCCACCAAGCAUGAAACGAGAAACAAGAGCCAGUCUACGACGCUUUAAAUGUGAAGAAUGUAACAGGACGUUCACAUCGGAGGCGAGACUUGAUGGACAUGUCAUUAGUCACCAGAUAGAAGACUCCAAGCCGUUCCAGUGCCCACAGUGCAAUAAACGAUUCAUGAACAACUCUGCGCUCUCCUGUCACUUGAAAAUCCACAGUACCGCAAAAUACUACCAAUGCCCGAUAUGCAACCUGGGUUUCGACCAUACAGCUGCUAUGAGGGAACACAGCUACGUGCAUGCCAACCAGAAUGGCUCUUUCAACUGUCCAGAGUGUGAGAAGGUCUUCCAAGAGUUUCUGGUAUUGAAGAAACACAUGAAGAACUUCCAUACGCACCAGCAACAUCCAUGCCAGAUUUGCGGGAAAGUUUUCCCGAGGUCAGACAAGCUGAGAAUGCACAUGCUGCGACACUCAACACUACGAGAGUUCAUGUGUGACACAUGUGGAAAACAGUUCAAGCGAAAGGACAAACUGAAGGAGCACAUCCAUAGAAUGCACUCUGUAGAGAGACUGGAGAAGGACAAGAUGAGAAUGCUGAAGCCUCAGAGCCGGAGGUUCAUCCCCAAAGUGGCACCCACAGAGUACCAUAGGUUCAUAUACAAGUGUCAUCUCUGUCUGCUUGGGUUUAAGCGACGUGGAAUGCUUGUGAAUCAUAUCGCAAAACGUCACCCUAAUGUGAAAAUUGAUUCUGUUCCUGAACUGAAUUUACCCAUUCUGAAAACUCAGAGGGAUUACUAUUGUCAGUACUGUGACAAAGUUUACAAAUCUAGCUCCAAGAGGAAGGCCCAUAUUAUGAAAAAUCACCCUGGGUCAGAGCUCCCCCAGAGUGGGCGCAAGAAAGUAAGUCUCACAGAAAUCCCUGGCGUACCUAAUCCGACCUACUCCCAGACAGUUGGUUCUAUCACGACCAUGCCACAUCAGUGUAGUCAUUGUCAUAAGCAGUAUGCUAGCAAGGCUAAACUACUUCAGCACCAGCGUAGGAAGCACCCAGGCACAUGCCCUGAUAGCAGAAACAGAGGUAUACCCCUACAUCUAACAAAGAUGGAACACGAUGCCUUACACACAUCAACAGACGCAGACGGUACAGUGACUGUAGCAGUGGAGCAUUACGAUGCUGAGGGCAACCAGGCACAGGAUGCUUCCCAAGCAACAGACCUCCUCACUCAAGCAAUGAGUGAACUCACACAGUCUGUAGAUUUCCGACAGAUAUCGGCUACCCAGGGAGUGGAUGCUGCCUCCUAUUUGGCAGGAAGAUUGAGCCAGGGUGGCCAAGCCAUGGUUCAGAUACAAGCAUCAGGCGCUGGCGGCUCAGGUACCAUAGAACUUGCCCAUCUAAGCCAGGCUCUGCAACAGUUUGCCCCGUCCCAGCUCCCUAUACAGGUGCAAGUCUCCUCUGGCAGCACAAACAUCCAGAUACCCAUCCUGGCCAGCAAUCCCACUGUCAGCGGGGCCCAAAUUCUUACGGUUGAGGCCCCAGAAGGGGUCAACCAAACACCGGGCACUUCCCAGGGAGGGCAGAUCAGCUUUCCUCCAAUCAGUAUUGUGUCUGGUACAUAUCUACCCAAAAAUUGGACAAACUAUGCCUACAAAUCAAUUGAGAAACACUUUUCUAACAACUAGGUCACAAAAAAUGUAAAUAAUACUGUGCUAUCUUCAAGGUCUCCACACAAGUAAUGUCCAUGCAUCCACAGUAUACCUGUAUCUUCAGUUUUAAAACACUUUUCAACCAACAAAUUGCCAAACAACUGAUUAAUGUUCAACAUGGAAAAGUAUUGUGCUUGUUUUCUUUGUUAAAAUUCAUGUUGUUGUUUUUUUGUAUUUUAUCAGAAAUUGACUUGUACACUAGGAAUCAAUUUUUUACAUGGGUCUUUUCCCACAAAAUUAUUUUUAUAUACUAAAAUAUCCCUUUUAACCAUUGAAUAUAGUUUUUUUUUUUAAACCUGCAGUUUUUCAAACAUGUGAAAAAAUGUACUUUUUGGCAUUAGGAAUAUGACAUAUAUAAAUCGCCGAAAAAAAAUCACUGAUGUACAUUUAUUUCCAUUUAAAUUAUAUGCAACAACAUAUGACUUAUUUAAUUUGCAGAUCUCUGUUAGUGUUAUCAAAUAUGGUACAUUUUGUCUAUUGUCUAGGCAGAGUUAUGUUAUCAAAUAUGGAACAUUUUGUCUAUUGUCUAGGCAGAGUUAUGUUAUCAAAUAUGGAACAUUUUGUCUAUUGUCUAGGCAGAGUUAUGUUAUCAAAUAUGGAACAUUUUGUCUAGGCAGAGUUAUGUUAUCAAAUAUGGUUCAUAUUGUCGAUACAGAGCUCUGUUAUCAAAUAUGGUACAUAUUGUCUAGAUAGAGCUGUAAUAAAAUAAACAUUUCUGUUAUUUUCCUACUUUCUAGCUUGCCUGUUAUUUAAAGAAAAAGUUGAUGUAUUCUUAUUAAGGCUUAGCAUUGUUGUUUGCAUGCAAAAACUAUAAUCUAGGCUAUAACUGAAAACAUGUUCAAGAUAUUCAGAUGAAACUUGGUGCACAUGUUGCAGAGAAAAUAUGCUUUAGAUAUUGUUGAGAAAUGUCCAUUUUCAUAACUGCAGAAAAACAGCAUGUUCCUGUGUGCUCCACAGUGCUUUUGAUGUUUUUUUAAUGAAAUGCACCAUGUACUGGUUUGUAAACGCCAUGUCCUGGUUUGUUAACGCCAUGAACUGGUUUAUUAACACCAUGUUCUGGUUUGUUAACUCCAUGUACUAGGUUGUUAAUGCCAUGUAAUGGUUUGUUAAGUCAUGUACUGGUUUGUUAACGCCAUGUACUGGUUUGUUAACGCCAUGAACUGGUUUGUUAACGCCAUGUAGUGGUUUGUUAACACCAUGUUCUGGUUUGUUAAUGCCAUGCUCUGGUUAGUUAACGCCAUGCUCUGGUUUGUUAACACCAUGUACUGGUUUGUUUAUGCCACGUAUGGUUUGUAAACGCCAUGUACUGGUUUGUUAACGCCAUGUACUGGUUUGUUAAUGCCAUGUUCUGGUUUGUUAACGCCAUGUACUGGUUUGUUAACGCCAUGUAAUGGUUUGUUAAGUCAUGUACUGGUUUGAUUUCGCCAUUUGAUGAUUUGAUAAUGCCAUGUUCUGGUUUGUUAACGCCAUGUACUGGUUUGUUAACGCCAUGAACUGGUUUGUUAACGCCAUGUACUGGUUUGUUAAUGCCACGGCUGGGUUUUUUAACGCCAUGAACUGGUUUGUUAACGCCAUGUACUGGUUUGUUAAAGCCAUGUACUGGUUUGUUAAUGCCACGGCUGGGUUUUUUAACGCCAUGUACUGGAUUGUUAACGCCAUGUACUGGUUUGUUAAAGCCAUGUUCUGUUUUGUUAACGCCAUCCAUGUACUGGUUUGUUAACGCCAUGCUCUGGUUUGUUAAAGCCAUGUACUGGUUUGUUAACCCCAUGUACUGCUUUGUAAACUGCAUGUACUGGUUUGUUAACAAUAUGUUCUGAUUUGUAAAGAAGCCAUUUCCAUUAAUUUAUUUUUUUCUAGUAAGUUAUUGAGAAUUAAAUGUUGUUAACUGUUAGUUAGAUAUUAUUUAUAGUGAUUUCUUGCAAUAAAUAUACUCAAACAUA